UUGGGGGGGGGAAUGGGGGUGGUAUUUAAGGGAAAAGCUGACAGUGCUGCUGAGUGAGGGAGCGGGGACUGCAAGCGGCUGGGCUGCACACACACACGGAUGCACACGGACCUCGACACGGACAUGGACACAGACACAGAAACCACAGCACUCUGCCCCUCCGGCAGCCACCAGGCCUCCCCCCCCGGGACGCCCAUACCAGAAACAGAUGCCACACUGUUGAAGAAGCCAGAGAAGCUGUUGGCAGGGUUGGACCGGGGUGGGCCACCACCAGCCCCAGGGGCACCCAGACGAAGAGGCAGUAUGCCUGUUCCUUACAAGCACCAGCUGCGGCGUGCCCAAGCUAUAGAUGAACUUGACUGGCCACCUCAAGCCUCAUCCUCUGGCUCCUCUGACUCCUUGGGCUCGGGGGAGGCAGCCCCCACCGAACAAGAUGGCAUCUUCAAGGUCAUGCUGGUAGGGGAGAGCGGCGUGGGCAAGAGCACCCUAGCAGGCACUUUCGGCGGUCUCCAGGGAGAUAGUGCUCAUGAGCCAGAGAACCCAGAGGAUACCUAUGAAAGACGCAUCAUGGUGGAUAAGGAGGAAGUGACUCUAAUUGUUUAUGACAUCUGGGAACAGGGGGACGCAGGGGGCUGGCUGCGGGACCACUGCCUUCAGACCGGGGAUGCCUUUCUCAUCGUCUUCUCAGUCACCGACCGACGAAGCUUCUCCAAAGUUCCAGAGACCCUACUUCGGCUCCGGGCUGAGAGGCCCCACCACGACCUCCCUAUCAUCCUUGUUGGAAACAAGAGCGACCUAGCCCGCUCUCGGGAGGUCUCACUGGAGGAGGGCCGCCACCUGGCAGGGACACUGAGCUGCAAGCACAUCGAGACGUCGGCGGCGCUGCACCACAACACGCGGGAGCUCUUCGAGGGCGCGGUGCGCCAGAUCCGGCUGCGGCGGGGCCGGAGCCGUGCCGGGGGCCCGCGGCCCGAGUGGGGCAGCCCCGACGGCCCCGCGCCGCCCGCGCGCCGCGAGAGCCUCACCAAGAAGGCCAAGCGCUUCCUUGCCAACCUGGUGCCGCGCAACGCCAAGUUCUUCAAGCAGCGCUCCAGGUCGUGUCACGACCUCUCCGUGCUCUGAGCCGCGGUCGUCAUGGCCACCGCGGUCGCCAUGGUCACCGCGCCCUCAGCUCACCCAGUCACCCCGUCCCGCCCCCGUACGGCUUCCUUUGUGAAGACCGUCUAGUAAACCAAAAAGUCCGAGGGCGCGCGGGUGUGGCCGCGGGGGGCGGGCCCCCUGCCCCCAGCCCCUGGUGGGCGUCGCCCCCAGCCCUGCCACCACGCGUGCCCUGGCUACCUCCCCGCCCAAGAGCGCCUAGAAGGCGAGGACGCAGACCUGCGGGCGGGCGCGCUGCGGUCGGCGGGCGAGGCGGCUUCUGGCGGGCAGGAGGGGAUAUAGUUCUGUGAGCUACUUUGACUUUUAUUAAGUCGCGCUUGACCACCUCUCCUGUAAAGAGACCCUAAAAGUGAGAACUGGAAAGGUGCUUGGUAGACCUCUUUACAGUUCUCUGCGCGAACACGCCUCAUCUUUAAGACAUCCUUAAAGGUAAAAACACUGGAGAUGCUUCUUUGAGACUUUUCCCAAAACGUGCUGGCUCUUAUCUGCUGCACUUGUCCACUUUGCCUUUAAGAAGUUCUUAAAGGCAAAGGCCUGGAAGUGCCAUUUUUCAGAAUCGAUUCUGUGAUUUACCACUACAUCACGGCACUUCCCUUUUAAGGUUAUUAAAGGUAAGGUUUGGACAGACUCUUGCCUUCAGAUGCCAUUGUUAAGAGCUGAGCAGGCAGCACCCUGGGCCCAGGAGGCCCCAGCAAAAGAGCCACCCUUCCCUUUUCAAUAAAGAACUUUUCUACUACA